AUGAAAUUUACUUUUUCCUAUUUCUCAUCAGUUCAUUUUGAGCAAUUGCAGGUUGGCGAUGAUCAGUUACUAAAAACUGAUGUUUCUGGAAGCAGUAGCAUUGGAACCUUCCUUGGUUGGGCAAUGACAUUUGUAUAUUUGGGUGGAAGACUGCCUCAAAUUUGUCUAAAUAUUAGAAGAGGUCAUGUUGAGGGUCUCAAUCCUUUGAUGUUCAUGUUUGCUGUACUUGGAAAUUCCACUUAUGUAGCCAGUAUACUUGUGAUCAGCUUGGAUUGGUCAAAAAUCAAACCAAAUUUGCCAUGGCUAGUAGAUGCUGGAGGGUGUGUCCUUCUCGAUUUCCUUAUUUUAAUGCAGUUUAUAUAUUUCCGCUAUUGGACCUCCCAAGACCUGUAGGGUAAUUGCAAAAUUGUGUACUGAGGAAGAAACAAGGAUUUCCAGUCUGGCAAUCUCCACCAAGUUGUACUAGAAUUAUGAGCAUAAAACUGAAUUGGGGAAUGGUGACUAUUGUCAGCUGGUUAAUUGUUACAAUCAUUGGCGUGAUGACCAUAGAAGGAAAAAGGAAGUGAUUCUGUUUAUUUGAACUGCCAGCAAUUUUGUAUGAGGUUGAUGCUUCCGGUUUAGAUUCCUUUUCAACUUUGAUGUUUUUGGUUCCUGAGAUUUUCUGCCAGACAUUCUUAGAACCAGUUCAAUUUUACUUGAGGCGUUUUGUAAAGACAUUUUGCACACACUUUGAGUUUCCUAUCAAUCUUCAAUUCCAUCAGAACUUUAUGUUUUGUUUACCUAAGUCAAUAAAUAACCAAUGAAGUUAUGAAACAUGCUUUUAUUAUU